AUGGCAGAACAUAGCCCAUUCUAUAAAUCGUUGGAUGAAAUGAUUGCCGAAGAUGAGCAAAAGAAGAACGCUCAAAGUCAACAACAACAAAGACAGCAACAACAGCAACAACAGCAACAGCAACAACAAACAAAAGGCGAUCCUUCUAACAUUCCCGAUCAGGUCGUUUGGGGAAACCACCAAUCGCACGAUGAUGGCGUCAGUCUCAUUAGCAUGCCCACCGCUCUGCAGCACUCGUAUUUCAAUGCCAAUCAAACGACGCACGACAUGAGGACCUAUGGUCAACCUGAUCAUCAUGAUCCAUAUUAUUACGGUCAGAUACAACAACCACAGCAACCACAGCAACCACAGCAACAACAACAACAGCAAACGGGUGAAUCCAGUCAAGCCAUUGAAGUCAAACUCAAAGGAGGAACGACGGACGACAAUGGGACCAUUUCUGGUCCACUCAGUCCUCGCCGGGAUGAAAUCAUUUCAACGACUACUCCUGCUGUUGCUGCGGCGGCACCUUCCAAAGGACAUGUCCGUCAUCCCAGCAACAAUUACUUUGACGAUGGUGAUACAGCUCCCGGGUUUCCCAAUCGAAGUAUGCGAUCUUUGGAACCAGGGCAAGGCGGUCAACAAGGUGGUCAACCUCCCAAUCUUUUGGGACCACCACAACCACAACAACCACAACAACCACAACAACAGGCAUCUGACAUUUUGGAACCCUACUAUCCACCCGAACCACCAGAAGUACCACAAGUCAGUGGCGUUGGUGGUAGUGCACCUCCACGACCAUAUUCCCACCAUACCUACGUCCGGGAUCCGGCCCAGUACCAUAGCAACGACAACGACGUCGACGCACCCUUUGGACCGAUUGACGAUUUGCGAAUACCGCUGGGAUUGAGCAGCGCACCGUCCAGUCCAAUCGAUGGACAGCAAUCACCACAAUCUGGUAUGGGACUCAAUUUGCAAGACAAUGACCCUAAUAACAACAAUCCAGAUCCAACACCAAGUUGGCGCAAAUGGCUCAUCAUCAUCAUUGCCAUUUUGGCGGUCGGUGCCAUUGCCUUUGCCGUGGUCCUUUUGGUCCAAGGUGGUGAUGGUGACGAUACUAAAAGUAACAACAACAACAAUGGCAUUGAUUUUGUACCACCCAACCGCACUCCUGCACCCACCAACACGCCACCCAGCGUUCCACCCUCGACCAGUCCCACGGAAGAAAUUGUGUACGAUCCACCGUCGGUGCAAGAUUGUGAGGCCAUCUUAUCCGGAAGGGCCGUGCCUGGACAAGUCAACAUGAUUGAACGUUUGUAUGAAAUUCCAUUUGAUAUUGUCAUCAACGAAGGUACCGAAUUGAUUGGGUUCUUGAAUCAAUUCAUGGAAGGGAUUCGGACCUUGGUCGUUCCAGCCUUGACCCAAUGCGAUACUGUAUUGCCAGCCGGUUUGCGACAACGAAGACAAAGACGACAUUUGAGGGAUAUUAGCAAUGUGGUGGCCAAUGCCGUGGCCACGGGAGAAUAUUCCGACGAACCCUGCAGUCGAAACAAUGCGGCCUUGUUUUGUCAACGCAUCGUGGUCAAUUUUGCGCUCUAUUUGAAAGGAGACGAACGAAAUUUGGACAUUGCCAUUUUGAUUCGCAAUGCCAUUGCGGGGACGGAUGGAUCGUCGUCUGGUGAUUCCAGCUUGUUGGAACGAUUUGGAUUGCUGGGCAAGGCCAACAGCGUCCAAGCCACAGAAGUGGUCAAUCUCAAUCCCACCGAAUCUCCCAGUUCCAGUCCGACCAAUCUUCCAAGCGUAUCGCCCAGUGCCAGUCCCUCCAAAAUUCCAACCAGAUCGCCCAGCAAUUCUCCCACCUUAUUUCCCACGACAUCCAUGCCAUCCAAAACUCCUUCCUUUUCUCCCACCAAAAUGCCAUCUUCGCAACCAUCCUGUUCCGAGACGGCUUCUUGGUUGGACACGGAAAUUGAUUCGACGCCCUUGAGGAGUGGUGGAUUGGUCACCUAUUCGCUCAAUUGUGCCGAUGCGACCGAUGGGAUUGCCGUUCUUGUGUGGGAUGGGAUUGACAAAUGUACCACGCAAUGCCUUGGAUAUUUGGAUCAAGCGGAUUCCGAUGGGACCUGUUCCACUUCCACGCAAUUCAUUGUAUCCUUCAACGUUCCAGAUGGUCAAGAUGUUACUACCUCCUCCUUUUUGAUUGGGACCAUGGAUCCCAUCACGGCUGGGUCCUUUUCCUUGACGUGUCCAGGAUCCAUCCUAGCAUCCGAAUCGCCCUCCAGCAAUCCGUCUGCUGGUCCUACGCAACUUCCAUCGAUCCAGCCAUCGUUUGCACCAUCACAGGUACCAUCCAUUGGGCCAUCCAUGGAACCAUCCAUGAUUCCUUCCAUGAGACCAUCCAGUGUACCUUCCAUGAAACCAUCGCGAGUGCCAACCAAUCCACCCAGUGAAUCACCAUCGAGGAAUCCAAGCGAAUCACCCACGGAUUCACCUUCCAGGAAUCCAACCUCUGGACCGACGUUGAGACCAACACCCUCACCCACCAUUUCUGCUUCCAAACAACCAACUGCCAAUCCAUCGCCGGCACCCACAGUCAUGGCAUCAUUGACACCAUCGGCUACGCCAUCGAAUCGACCCAGCAGCGGACCGUCCAGUGCCCCGAGCAAAACCUCCAGCGGUACACCCACAACGGCACCAAGUGUGGCUCCCAGCAAACGUCCUUCGCAGAAUCCCACUGGAAUGCCCACCAAUGGUCCCACCAAAAAUCCAACGUUUGGGCCCACAAUGGCUCCCUCCCAUAAUCCUACUUCGGGUCCUACCAAAAAUCCUACCAGUGGUCCUACCUUGGCACCGGUUCCAGGUCCGACCGAUGCUCCCAUUACCAAUGCACCGACAAAAGCACCCACCUCGGGUCCGACCUCGAAUCCGACGACCAGUCCACCAUCAAAAGCACCGAGUGCAAGUCCAAGCAUUAGCAAUGUGCCCAGUGUAGUAUCAUUGACGCCCUAG